AUGGGGGUGAGAAGGACCAGCCAGGUGUGUCUGGAUAAAGUGGGCAAGCAGGGACAGGUGGUGCCAUUCAGUCCCAGGCAGGUGCAGUGGGACCUGGCCAUGUUGGCCAGAAGGUGGGACCAGGAGUGUUGGGACAGGUCCUGGAUGAGUGACACUGAGAAGUUUCCGCUCCUGGAUCCUGCAAUGCAGAAAGCAGCAGUGAAAGUGAAGAAAAAGAAGUUGAAUAAAAAGGUGGAGUGCAAGGCGACAGAAAUGAAAGAGAAGAAGAAGAAGAAGCGAAAGCUCAUGUCAAAGCGUAAACACCAAGAGAAGGCAGAUGCCAAGGAUUUGGCCUCGCUGCGGCAGUGCCUGGGACCUGGCUGUGUGUAUCCUACCCGGCCAGGCUCCAAGUACUGCUCAGAUGAUUGUGGCAUGAAGCUCGCAGCUGAACCCAUUCCAUUUCUUGUUGUCUCCUUUUCUAGCCGCAUCUAUGCGAUUCUGCCCCAGCGCAUCCAGCAGUGGCAGAAGAGCCCCUGUAUUGCCGAGGAGCGUGGCAAGAAAAUGCUUGAGCGCAUCCACCAAGAGCAGCAGGACACUCACACCCGCCUGAAGGACAUGGAGUGCCAUUUCUAUGAACUUGAGGCCAUAAUUCUGCGUGGCAAGCAGCAGCCUGUGUGCAAGGAUGAGGAGAUCAACAAAAAUAACAGGAACAAUGCAAACCUGCAGAUCUUCUGUGUCUCCUGCGGGCAGUCAGUUAACAUGCAUGUCGCCCUGCGCCACAUGGAACACUGUUUUGUCAAGUAUGAAGGCAAGUCGUCCUUCGGGUCCAUGUAUCCCACUUGCAUUGAAGGGGCCACCAGGCUCUUCUGUGAUGUUUACAACCCAAAGAGUAAGAGGUACUGUAAGCGGCUUCAGGUGCUGUGUCCCGAGCACUCGAGAGAUCCCAAGGCAUCAGAUGAUGAGGUGUGCGGUUGCCCACUAGUGCACAAUGUCUUUGAGUUCACUGGUAAUUUCUGUCGCCUACCUAAACGCGUGUGCAACCUCCACUAUUGCUGGGAGAAGCUGAGGCGUGCUGAGGUGGACCUAGAGCGUAUUCGCAUGUUGAACAAGCUGGAAGAGCUACUUGAGCAGGAGCACAAGGUGCGCACAGCUAUGACAAACCGGGCAGGGCUUCUGGCCCUGAUGCUUCACCAGACAGUCCAGCAUGACCCGCUCACCACUGACCUGCGCUCCAAAGCAGACAGCUGAGCCCUGCUUGACUGAGAUCCUGUACCCAACACUCUGUGCAAGGGAGACACUCAAUGAACUCUUCACACACUAGUUCCUAUAACCACUUUUUUCUUAGGUCAUCUUAGAGUUUCUCUGUGUUUCUCUGUUCGCUAUUUGGGCUCCUGUCUCUGCUUACCCCUGGAUGGGAAGGGGUCCUCAAAAUUGCUCUCUGUUGCCAUCAUUCCCCAUCCCUCUCUCUCUUUCUUCCCUGAAAUUUGGCAGGGCCAAGGAUCUGCCCUGCCUUCAUCCCCCACCGUCCAGAAUUUUGUUGACAAACUUUGGAAGAACAAAGGAUAUUAAUAUCCCCUGAGGGCCCUCUAACCUGUCUCUCUGGCCACAAACCCAAUUUCAAACCUCUGAUGGCGGUGGGUGGCAGUGCAACUGUACUUAGGAGGAGGCUGCAGUGCACAUGCAGAGUGGCUGUGAAGUGAUACCCACUCAGGGCUCAGUGGGCCCUCUUCUGUCAGGGGAGCUAUGACCUUAUAAAGAAGGCGCCAAUGGCUUUUGUUCCUGGCAGUCCCCCAUUCUAGGCCAUCAGACGUGUAGUUGGCACCUGAUUAGUGCACAGCCCAUUCAUCAACUUCUAUGCAAUCGUUAAUAUUCCCCAGGCCAAAGGUGUUACAAAAAUGGGAUGGGAGAUAGAUGAGUGUAGGAUAAUCCCCCCCUGAUGAUUCCACUUUGGGACACUGAGGAGGAUUCAAGGUAUCAUGGCAGUCAUGCCCCUGCCCAUGUUGUUCCACACCUUAUCAUCAUAUGAGGUCCCAGCUCUUUUUGUCAGCCUUGGCCCCUGCCAGUCCAGUCCUGGUCCGUCUCCCCCAGCACUUCCUAUCACAUCCUCUCCUGCUCCCUCCACCACACUGCUCUGGGUCUGUCCUUUCCAGCCUGCCCUGUACAUUGAAGCCCCUUGUGGUCACGACCAUUUCACACCUAUAGAGUUGCCAGAGGAAGACUGAGACCUCUGCCAUAUCUGCCUUUGUCAGCCCCAGCCAGGUCUCCUGUGGAGGUGUGUCCGAUAAUGCUGCCUGUGGGUGCUGGUAUGUUUGAAAUGAGAGACUUGAACACUUUUCUUAAUUUUUCUCUACUCACUGGUCCCUUAUGAUUUUUUUCAUUAAUUUUCAUAAUUCCUUUUUUCCAGGGACUCACACAUUUCACUUAAAUGGUUAGGUAUGUUGCUCUUGACUUAUACCUAAUAGUCCCCCAUAGUUAGUUUAUAUUACUACCUAACCUCAUGUAAUGUCUCCCCUUUAAAUUACUAAUUAGUGCACUUUUGUACUUCUCUUGAUCAGAUUUUCCAGGGGCUAAGCCACAUAAUUAAUUGAUUAUUUGAAAGAACUGGCUUUUUAAUUUAUUCAUGUUCCUUAUAUUUAUUUUAUUUAUUUAAAUUAUCAUUUUUAUUAAUUCCCACUUCUUGAUAUUUUGUUUGGUGUUUCAUUUUCAUAUGUUUACUUCAUUUCUUUGUUCUUGUUCUGAUCUUUUAAAGCAAAUUCUUAACUCAGUUAUAUUAGUGUGUUCAGUCUCCUGUUUAUAUAAGUAUAAAUAAGUAGAUAUAGAUAGAUAUAGAUAUAGAUGAUAUAGAUAUAGAUAUAGGUAUAGAUAUAUAGAUAUAGUAAAGGAUUUCAGGCCACACACUUUCCUCUAAAUGCACUUACAGCUCCUGAACUUUGGUAUGAAAGGUGAAACUUCAGAAUUGAUUUCUCACUUUGAUCCUAGCUGUUGAAGAAAGUUUCUUAGUGUCUAACUAUUAAGUAUUCAUUGUUUUUUCUUUCUUUUUUGUAAUUAUGAUUUUUCUAUGAUCAGAGAAUGUGGCCUGUUGAAUCUAAACUUGUAGGGGUGCCUGGGUGGCUUAGUUGGUUAAGUGUCUGACUUCAGCUCAGGUCAUGAUCUCAUGGCUUGUGGGUUCAAGCCCUGCGUUGGGCUCUGUGCUGUCAGUUCAGAGCCUGGAGCCUGCUUCAGAUCCUGUGUCUCCCUUUCUAUCUGCCCCUCCCUGGUUCACACUCUGUCUCUCUUACUCUCAAAAAUAAAUAAGCAUAAAAAAUUUUUUUUGGAAAAAAAAGAUUUUCUUUGUAGGUCAUAUAUUCCACUGAAUUGAAAAACUUUCAUGGAUAUAAGAGAAGAAAAUAUAUUCUUUGCUAGGUAUAGAUUAUUCAUUAAGGCUUUCAAUCUAGUUUGAUGAUUAAUGUUUCUUUACUCUGAUUCUUUUUUUUUGUCUACUUCAGCUGUUAUAUUACAGAAAGAUACAAUAAAUGCAAUAAUCUUUUAAAACA